AUGUUGGAGGUGGAGUUUGAGGCGGUGGAGGGGAAGAAGAGGCAGCUGGAGAGGGUGGUGGAGAGGGCGAAACAUUGGAGGUUCCCGCUCAAGGGGGACAGGGUGUUGGCUUGGACGGGCGAGGUUGUCGCGUCGACGUGGGAAGGGUGCGUGAAUUUGACGGAGGAUUAUGGCGACCGUGCGGUGCGGCUGAGGAGCGUGCAAGCGCAGGAGGGUACGGCAGAUCUCAAAGCCAUUGACUUGUACCUACGUGGUUAUGACCAUGAGGUGGCGGGUGAAGGUUCGAUGUCCAAGGCCACGCCGGGUGAAUCGCCAUCGGAGACAGUUGCCUAG